AUGGGAGUCGUUGACCCAAAGGAGGGAAGACAGGUUUACGCACACGCCAAGCCCCUCCCCCCCCGGGCCUCUCACGCCAAGCCCCUCCCCCCGGGCCUCUCACGCCAAGCCCCUCCCCCAGCCUCUCACGCCAAGCCACCUCCCCCCGGGCCUCUCACGCCAAGCCCCUCCCCCGGGCCUCUCACGCCAGCCCCUCCCCCGGGCCUCUCACGCCAAACCCCCCCCCCGGGCCUCUCACGCCAAGCCACCCCCCGGGCCUCUCACGCCAAGCCACCCCCGGCCUCUCACGCCAAGCCCACCCCCGGCCUCUCACGCCAAGCCACCCCCCCGGCCGGCUCACGCCAAGCCACCCCCCUCCCGACCUCUCACGCCAAGCCACCCCCUCCCGGCCUCUCACGCCAAGCCCCCCCCCUGGCCUCUCACGCCAACCCCUCCCCCCUGGCCUCUCACGCCAAGCCCCCCCCGGCCUUUCACGCCAAGCCCCUCCCCCCUGGCCUCUCACGCCAAGCCCCUCCCCUGGCCCCCUGGCCUCUCACGCCAAGCCACUCCCCCUGGCCUCAUCUUCCUAUGGCCUCUCACACCAAGCCCAUCCCCCUGGCCUUAAACUCAUGGCUGCCCAAGCUCACCAAGCCCCUGGCCUCUCACACCAAGCCCCUGGCCCCCUGGCCUCAUCUUCCUGUCUGA